UGAGCGUGGUGACAGGGGAGGAGACGGGAACAGCGCACCGGCAGCUCGAUGUGCGCGCAGCGCUGGAAACCGCCGGCGAACAGUGGCCCCCUGAACGCGUCUGCGAGAGGAGUCCUGUCCACGGCAUGACCUACUGCGCUGGACAAAUCUGAGCGCUCCUUCGCUCCAGUCUCCCAGCCACGCUUGCGUUCUUCGCUGUCUUGACCACAGGCGCAAAUACAGAUUUAUAGGCGACGAUCCCUGCGCGUUCUUUAUUUUACAGAUGCACACACGUUGUUGCGUUUUUUUUAGUUAAUUAGUUCUUGUUUUACGUUCUGAUUAAUGAAGUCACGGUCGAAAAUGACGAAGACGCGAAGGAAUUUUGGGGUGCAUUUAAUAUCGGCAGCCUCGGGGAGCGCCGAAUCCACCGAUUCGCACUUGGCUACCACUGAAUACAGACCGGUGCGCAUUCGGUAAUCAGGUGUCUGAGGAGUGAGCGGAUUCUUACAGGUUUCCAGGCGCAAGGUUCAGUUCCUUUGGAAUCUUCCUACCUCGUGGCCAUGAAAAUCGACGGAACUUUCUUUUUAACAGGUUUCUAAUUUCAGGCGGCUCGUCACACUUCGAGGGCUUGUCGAUAUUUGAGAUACAACCGGGACAACAUGGACACCUGGAUUUUCCCCUCGUCGCCCCCGAACCUGUCCGAGCCCCUCAUGUACGACAGCUUCCUCCUGGGCAACGAGUCGGACGCUGCCAAGCGCGACAACCCCAACGGCACCGACCACAACUUCGACAAGACCAGCACGGUGGUCAUCACCUUCAUGUACUUCGUGGUGUGCGCGGUGGGUCUCUGUGGCAACACCCUGGUCAUCUACGUCAUCCUGCGCUACGCCAAAAUGAAGACUGUCACCAACAUCUACAUCCUCAACCUGGCGGUGGCCGACGAGCUCUUCAUGCUGGGCCUGCCCUUCAUCGCCAUCCAGCUGGCGCUGGUCCACUGGCCCUUCGGCCCCGUGCUCUGCCGGGUGGUCAUGACCGUGGACUCCCUCAACCAGUUCACCAGCAUCUUCUGCCUGACGGUCAUGAGCAUCGACCGCUACCUGGCCGUGGUCCACCCCAUCAAGUCCACCAAGUGGAGGAAGCCGCGCAUGGCCAAGACCAUCAACCUGGCGGUCUGGGGCGUGUCCCUGCUGGUCAACCUGCCCAUCGUGAUCUACAGCGGCCUGAUCACCAAGAACGACAGCUGCUUCUGCACCAUCGUGUGGCCCGAGCCCCAGGAGGCCUAUUACACGGCCUUCAUGUUCUACACCUUCUUCCUGGGCUUCUUCCUGCCGCUCACGGUCAUCUGCCUCUGCUACCUGCUCAUCAUCAUCAAGGUGAAGUCGUCGGGGAUCCGCGUGGGCUCGUCCAAGCGCAAGCGCUCGGAGCGCAAGGUGACGCGCAUGGUGUCCAUCGUGGUGGCCGUGUUCGUACUCUGCUGGCUGCCCUUCUACGUCUUCAACGUCACCUCGGUGACGGGCAGCAUCAGCACCACGCCGGCGCUGAAGAGCACCUUCGACUUCGUGGUGGUGCUGGGCUACGCCAACAGCUGCGCCAACCCCAUCCUCUACGCCUUCCUGUCGGAGAACUUCAAGAAGAGCUUCCAGAACGUUCUGUGCCUGAAGAAGGUGGGCGGACUGGACGAGAUCGAGCGCAGCGACAGCCGGCAGGACAAGUCGCGCAUGAUGAACGACGCCACGGAGACGCAGAGCACCCUGCUCAAUGGGGACCUGCAGACCAGCAUAUAAGGGGGUGUCUGACCCCCCCUGCCCCC